AUAAAUACGACAGCUCAGACUCCGGCCAAGGAACUGGUGGGUGCUAGCGCGGAUUAAAGUCAUCAGAAUUUACGAUACUUACGCCGCCAACCUCCUCCCAUGCGUCUUAGACCUUCCAGCUAUGUUUGGCUCUUCCGGUUAAUUAGCUUUACCGGCGGACUUCGUUUGUCAGCGAGCCCCACCUACCGCUACAGACCGACGUUUCACACCAGUGCCACUUUACUGUUCGCCCGGAAACUCACAAUGCACCCUCGUAGAAAUGUAACAAGUAACGGUAGUCGCGGCGAGGACUCGGAUUUGGGUUUAGCAGAGAAGUCAGUCCCGGGGGGUUUCAGCGGGACUAUCCCUACGGUUACUACGGUAGACACGGGUCCUCCGGCGGAGAAGAAGCGAGUGGGGAGCACGCUUGCCGUCAACGAAAGGAACUUGAGGACUCCGAGUCCGCUGUUUGGGGCCAACUGUGAUGACGACUCGGAGGCUGAGUCUUUUCGGGAUGGGAGAAGCGACGAGGUGGACCGGGACACCAGGGCCAGGGCCUUUGCUUGGUGCCGAGACUUUUUGUCCGGGUCGUGGAAGACCAUCCCCGAGGCUGAUUUUCAAAUUAGCAUCGUCAGUGGCGGGCUGAGUAACCUCCUGUACCUGUGCAGUUUACCUGACCACGUGCAGUGUGUUGGAGAGGAGCCUCGGCAGGUGCUCCUCAGAAUCUACGGUGCUAUCUUACAGGGCGUGGACUCGCUGGUACUGGAGAGUGUGAUGUUUGCCAUUCUGGCCGAACGGACAUUAGGGCCAAAACUCUACGGCAUCUUUCCAGAGGGGCGAUUAGAGCAGUACCUUCCGAAUACUCGCAUGCGCACAGAGCAGCUUUCCAUUCCAGCCAUCUCAGCUGAGAUUGCAACCAAGUUGGCAUGUUUCCAUGAAAUGGUUAUGCCCUUCAACAAAGAGCCCAAGUGGCUAUUUGGGACCAUCGAUAAAUACAUGGAUCAAGUGAUGAAGAUUAAUUUUGUACGUGAAGCACAUUUGAAGAAAUACAAAAAGCUGAUGAAGCUGGACCUGCCGGCUGAGCUGGAGAGCCUCCGUGCACUGCUGGCAGCAACUCCUUCCCCUGUGGUGUUUUGCCACAAUGAUGUUCAAGAAGGUAACAUUCUUAUGCUGGAAGACAGAGACCAGAACUCAACAGAUAGAUUAAUGCUGAUAGACUUUGAGUACAGCAGUUAUAACUACAGGGGUUUUGACUUCGGGAACCAUUUCUGUGAGUGGGUGUAUGAUUAUACUUACAACGAGUGGCCGUUCUUCAAAGCCACACCAGAAAACUACCCAACCAGAGAGCAGCAGCUCCUUUUUAUCAGAAGCUACUUGGCAGAGCAGAGAAGAUACACGGACAUCGCCACGGACCAGACACAGCUUGAAGAAGACAUGAUAAUCGAAGCAAACCGAUAUGCGCUCGCAUCCCACUUUCUCUGGGGGCUGUGGUCCAUCAUUCAGGCCAAGUUAUCCAAGAUUGAGUUUGGAUACAUGGACUAUGCCCAGUCUCGUUUUGAUGGCUACUUCAAACAAAAAAAGCUCUUCAGCUGAAAUCCGCCACGUCGAUCGGAAAGCACUCGCAUUGAUCUGGACUUCAAGGUCAUCUCAUUUGUUUCUGUUGGGAUUGUUUUCAGCCAUGUCUUACUGAAACUAUGCAGGUCUGCUUAUGUCAAUAAAUGGUUUGUGAAAGAUAAAAAAAAAGCAAAAUCCCAGUUAAAGGUGAUGCACAAGUGCAUCCUUCCCAUAAUUAUUUUGAUUAAAGAAGCAUAGUGUGAAAUAUAAUAACAGCUGUAGCUCUAGAGCAGAGAGCACUGUUAUGACCCAUUUUUAAACGUCCUUCACGUCUUUGGACCAGUUUUUGACAUUGGCAUGCUGAAAUCUUUAGCUAUGUCUUUAGAGGUCAGCAGUGACCAGUACCUUGCCAGAGAAUUAAUGGCUUUUAACGUGAGUCAUUUCUGUAUAGUAAAUCAAUACUGUUGAGUUCUGCUUGAGAAGACUUUGUGUGAAUAAUUUCUUUAGUGUUGGCAUCGCUCUACCUCACUUCUCUCUUGUGAUGGUGGCUCUGCAUUAGGAUGCUAGGGUCGCACGAGGGCUGAAUGUUACGGUAUCCUGUGAGGAAAGGUUAUCAUCACAUAACUGCUCCCUCUGUUGCCUCAGUCUCUAUGUGAAAAUAUUCCCCUCUAAUUAUUAUUUUUUUUCCUGUUAAGUCCAUGAAAAAUGCUAAAAGCUUAUCUACAUUCAUUGAGUCUGAGGGCUGUUUCAUACAGUAGCACUGCAGUCAACAGUACUGUUAAUGUGACUCCUAGAUUAGUCUGUAGCAUUCAGUCUAGUCACCACUUCAGACAUCUGUUAUUAACUGCACAUUUCGCCUGCACUGUCGGCCAAUGUUUAGUUCAGCUUGGUUUACCUCUUGUUGUCUGUGUAUCAUCCAAUGCCGACGCCACUCUGCUCCAUUAUUUAAACCAUCUUUGUUCUCUGCCUUUUUUGCUUGUUUUGUUUUUUUGUAAAUAAUACUUUGGGACAUCCACACAAAUUAAGUUCUCACUUAUGCUGUUGGGACUGACACAUGUAUGUAUUAACUUCCAGCUCCAUGUUCCACCAAUAACUGUAACUCGCGUGACCUUUGCUGUAACUCCUUUGAAUGUGAAGAAGCCUUUUUUGGCCUUUCAAUUCUCUUGUGAUGCAUUUAUUUAUUUGGAUUAGAUUGAAUGUACUAAUCUAAUUUACUAAUGUUUUUUUUUUACACAUACUGUAGCUGCACCAGUUUACUGACAAGAGCAUUUAUUUGUCGAGUUAUUGAUGGUAACAGAAUUCUGGGGGCAGCAAAACAAAUCAUUGUCAUUGUAUUAAUGGUAUUAUUGAUCUUUUCCACCGUUCUGUGAGCAGCCGUGAUCUGACUUCACGCUGCAUAUGCCACGAGUCUGCAAAGGACACAGUGAAAAGGGUUCGUUUCCUCACUUGACUGCGAUUUUUCAACCUGAUCCAUUGUUUUGUUGAUGUAUUUUAUUAUGAAUGGAAGCUGCUUAGCUCACCAACAAAACACAUUCCAUUUUCUCUGACUACUUCAUGAUUAGCAGUCACCUCGUGUUGCCAGCCACAUGCUUUUAAUCUGAAGUAGAGAAAUUUGGUUUUGCAUUCGCAUACAUCUAUUGGCUAUUACAACACAGGGACGCCCAUAAAUACUGCAAUGCCUUCAUCAAUGAGGCACAGGCUAAGUCACAGUUGUGUUGUCUUCAUUCUGUGAUAGUGACUUAGCACAUUCAUUUAAAUGUAUCGGUUUUUAAAACUUUGUCAGAACAUUUUCAUUCUGUUAAAGCUUGCUUGUACUAUGACGGUCCUUUUUGCACUAAUCCAAUAAACUCAUAGAAUCUG